UCGCUUGUAACAGAACGAUAAGUUUAGCUAAAACAAUUGGUUUUGUUUAAAGCAACGUGUUUGUUGAUAGUAUAACAUAAUAAUAAUAUCAAUGUGUUAGUGUAAAAUGAUAGGUAAGAUCGCACAUCAGUCCCGGUGAGAUUAGCUAAUUUUCUUAUAAAUUGCCAUCAUUAUAACGUAGUGUCCAUGGAUACGAAAAAGUGGCUGACUUGGAACCAAGACGAAGCAUUGGGUAGGGCACUGAAAAGAAAUGGAAAAACCCUAAAACAACUGGAAGAUGAUAUGCACAUUAUCAAAGACUGGAUGAAAACUCAACAUCACUUACCAGAAGUAGGAAGUGAUGGUUUAAUAAGAAACUUUUUAUUAGGAAAUAAGUUUAGCAUAGAACAAACUAAAGAAAAAGUAGAUAUGUACUACACUAUCCGCCAUAUGAUGCCAGAAGUCUAUGACCAUUCUAAUAUCAAUAAGCGACAUCUGAAAAAAAUUGCUGAUCAAUUAUAUUUCUUUCCUUUGCCCAAAAGAACUGAAGAAGGUUCAAGAGUUACGGUCUGCAAACUAAUGGACACCUGCACCGACAACUUCGAUUUUUACAAGUAUAUGGCUUAUGGUUGCAGCAAUAUGGAAGUGCGAUUUCAGGAGGAUGUGUUAUAUGACGAAAUUAUUGUUAUCGAUUUAGAAAACGUGAAAAUGGGACAUAUUUUUAAAUCGUCGCCUUUCCAUUUGAAGAAAAUGCUGACAAUAGUCGAGAAAGUUUAUUCCAAUAAGCUGAAAAAGAUACACAUGGUCAACUGUCCUACAUUUGCCGUUAACACGAUUAAUGCACUCAAACAACUGAUCAAGCCCAAAUUGGCCAGCCGGAUAUUCGUACACGAGGGCACAGAAACACUUUCUAACCAUAUUUCAGUGAAAGUUCUUCCUACAGACUAUCAGGGAUUGGAACUCUCCCUUCAAGAAUUAAACGAAAUGUGGAAAAUAAAACUACAAGAUCACAAGGACCGCUUCGACGUACUCGAUACCCUAAGAACCAAUGAAAGUUUACGGCCUUCAGCCUUACAAAAUGACGAGAUAUUAGGCUACCAUGGCAACUUCAGAAAAUUAUCGCUGGACUAGGCAACCAGUCAUCUCAAAAACGUCGUUGUUCAUUAUUCGUGAUAUUAAUUAAUAUUUACAAUGUAGAUGAUUAUCACGAAUGAAAAUUUUAUUUUGAACAAAAUAAUCAAGAUCUUAAUGUCUGGUAAAAAGGGCAUAAAGGAAAUUGAAAUAUUACAGUUUUAUGUAAUUGAUUAGAAUUAUAGCAUAAUUAGGUUAUAUAAUAAUGUUAGAAAUAAAAUUAUAGAAUAAAAUUUUAAAAAACA